GACAGAGCUGAGUUAUAAAACGCAGCUGUCUGUACUCCGGAGACACUUAACCAAUAUGUUUUCAUGGGGAGAGGACCCUCAGCAGGGUUUCCGGUUGAGAGAUGGUUCAAAUAUCUCAACAGGGGAUGGGGUUCACUUUUUAAACCUCAGUUUUCACAUCACUGACCUGUCAGCUGGUAACAGCGUGAUCGCCUUCAACAAAAGUAAUGGAGAUGCAUCCACCAUUCGCACUCAUGAGAGCAAAGAUGGAAGAAGAGUCAGAGGAAAACAGAAGUUUGUGAAGUGUAAGGAGAAGAUCAAGGCAGUGAGUUGUGGUGAUGAUAUGGUCACACUGCUGUCUGAGAGAGGACAAGUUCUCUGUGUGGACACGACUCUCAUUCCAAGGCCCCUGAAAGCUUUGUGUAGCAUAGCAGUUUCUCAGGUUGCUUGUGGGAGCCAGCAUUCAGUCGCCCUGACCACAGAUGGUCAGGUGUAUACAUGGGGCCAAGGCUCCAGGGGCCAGCUGGGUCUGGGGAAGUGUAAGCCCGACACCAAUUCUCCCCAAAACCUCCGAUCUCUGUCGGCGAUCCCCCUGGUCCAGGUGGCUGCAGGGGGAGAGCAGAGCUUCGCCCUCUCUGUCUCCGGAGCUGUGUUCGGCUGGGGCAGAAAUGAGUGUGGACAGCUCGGGCUGGGAGACACAACGGACAGACGUACUCCGACUCCUGUCCAUUACCUGAACAUGAAGAAAACGGUUCACGUUUCCUGUGGAAAGGACCACACUGCAGUGUUGACAAAGGAUGGUGCAGUGUUUACAUUUGGUUCUGGUAAAUACGGACAGCUUGGGCACAACUCAUUCAGCGAUGAACUACGACCUCGGCUUGUUGCAGAGCUCUGGGGGACAAAGGUCAUCAAGACUGCUUGUGGACGACAUCACACAUUAGUGUUGACCGACUCCAAGAGGGUCUACUCCUUUGGGUGUGGAGAGCAGGGGCAGCUGGGACAUGGAGAGGAGAGUCAUCCGUCAGUGCCGCUACCUGUUCAACUGCCACAGGACACCAUUAAUGGUUCUAUGAUUAGAAACAUCUACGCAGGAGGAAACUGUUCGUUUGCAACGUGCGCGCCUGUUCAGGAAGCUCAUGAAGAGUCAAACACUGACCCAGUAACCCAGGAUUCAAUUGAUGACAUGAUUGACAAAUGGGUCUCUAAAUGUGAUCCAACAUCAUGGAAAAAGACAAAACAGGAAAUCCACAGGACCUUUUCCUCUGCAUCCUGUAUGAAUCAAACCUUCCUUGACCAAAGCAAAGAUAAACAUUUCCAGACCUCACCAAAGUACUCUGGCUUGAACUUGUCACUUGUGCAACGUGCUUUCGAGAAACUGGGGAAGAACGAUGAUGUUUUGACAAAGGUUGAAGCUGCUGUCCUGCACUUGCUUCCUUCACUUGAUAAGAAGCCAGUGGGCGUGGAGGGAUUGAGAAUCUUCCUGCUUCUCAAUGAUCUCCUGCACGUGAUCCAGAGACAUAAACUGCGAUCGAGCACAAACCUCGCUGAGGCGGUCGCUGCUGCCAUACAAAGACUCUCUGCUGAAAGUCUCCAGGUCAUAGUGGACUGGUGGGCCUCACAGCCAUCCUCCACCAUGGUGAAACAUGUCAAGGUGUGGAAGCAGGCCCUCUCAGUGAUCCUGUCCUAUCAGCCUGUUCCUCGCAACUCAGGAGUCAGAAACCUGCUGCGAGUCCUCCAGUAUAUGUACAACGCCAACAGCAGAAUUGCAGGACGUAAGAGACUCCCAGAAAAAACGUUUGGUUUGGAGGUCGGCCAACAAUUUCUUCAAGAAGAUCUGCAGCUUUGGCGUUCCAUGUCAAAAAUCAAGCCACUUAUCAUUUGCAACUUCCCAUUUGUGAUGAAUCUGAAAUCGAAGAAAAUGGCGUUUGACAUGAAUGCUACAUGCACUAUGAAAGAACAACAGGCAAAGAUGAAUUGGUGUUUGGGAUGGGCUUUUGAGCCAAAUCAAUUUUUUGAACUGAAGCUGAAGCGAGCGUCACUUUUGGAAGGCACCUUCGAACAACUGGCUGCUGCUCAACACAGUGCCUUCAAGAAGCCACUUGUGGUCUAUUUUGAUGAGGACCCAAAGAUCACAGAUGUCUACAAAAGAGACCUUUUUCACCACUUGUUUCAUGAAAUGGUGUCAACUAAAUCUGAGAUGUUCACGUUCAACACCCCCAAAAGGCUGGCAUGGUUUUCCUCCACAGCGACAGAGCAGGACAAGACAAACUCCUUCCUGUUUGGGUUUCUGUGUGGAUUGGCCUUGUACAACCAGUGCAUCAUACACUUACCAUUCCCGCUGGCUCUGUUCAAGAAGCUGCUGGAUGUAGAGCCGACACUGGAGGAUAUGAUGGAAUUCAACCCAAGUGUUGGAAAGAUUCUGCAGUAUGUCUUGGACUAUGAAGAUGACGAAGAAGACCUGCACAUGAGUUUUUUGAUUAACUGGGAUGGGAUAGAUGUUGACCUUGAUCCCCAAAAUCCUGAAAAGCCAGUGACAGGUCAAAAUAAGAAGGCGUUUGUGGAUGCCUACGUGAGUCAUGCCUUCAACACAUCAGUGGAGGGUGUGUUUCAGGAGUUCAAGCGGGGCUUCUUCCAGGUGUGUGACCAGGAUUUGGUGAAGCAGUUUCGGCCAGAGGAGCUGCAGGGAGUGCUGGUGGGCCAAGAUGUCUAUGACUGGGAAAAACUGAAAAAGAACACAGUGUGGGAAUGUAGUCUUGGCUUCCGCACCAUGCCUAUGUUUUGGGAGGUUUUUGAUGAACUGACUGAAGACCAGAGGAAAGAUUUCCUUCGGUUCCUGACUGGUUUUAGGAGGGCUCCUAUUCUUGGCAUGGACCAGGUCCAGAUGAAGGUUCAACUUAAGCAACUCCAGAGCGGUCAGCACUACGAUCAGCUCUUCCCUGAGUCUUUGACAUGUCACUCUAUUCUGUACCUGCCCUUAUACUCAUCUAAGCAGAUCAUGCGAGACAGGCUGACAAAUGCCCUGAUGAAAGAGAGAGGAUUCUUGAUGUGAUUCACAGCUGCAGGACAGGAGCGUACACUGUAUCUGUGCUGGGAACAGGUGGCCCUGGUUUUUAUUUUAUCACCUUUCCUGUGCUACCUCAGAAUUAAAACAAAGUCACUGCAUGCAUGCACUUGACUUUACAUUGUAAGAGUGUACUUUAAAAAGUGUGACCAAAGAGUUGCAUUUGCAGCCAUUCUUCCUUAGCAACACUACGGUGUGGCAGAAUAACAGAAGGCACUUUACAAUUUAAUGUGUUAUUAUUUCUUAUAAAACAUGCAAUAUUUUAACUGAUUAUUUUUAGCUAUUUAUGUUUACAUCAUGAGUUUUACAUCUCAUCUCAAACAAAGUCUAAUUUUUAAGUGAUCUAUUCUUUUCUCAGAGAAAGUUAAAAUAAAGUAAAAGUAGUUUAUUUGCCAGUUUGUUGGAUACACCUUACUAAAUGUAAUACAACACUAUAAUAAAUGUUAUCUUUGUGAAGAUUAAUAAUGUUCUGGCUGAUUAUGUUUCAGUGAGGUGUCAGUUAAACUGUCUCGUAAAUUCAUUUGUGUUUCCAGUUUUUGGUUUUGUUAAAUUGCAAAUAUAUAGAGAGUAAAUUGAGUUGAAAAAAAAAAGUACGGGUCUUAUAUUAUUAUUAUUAUUAUUAUUAUUAUUAUUAUUAUUAUUAUUAUUAAUAAUAAUAUUCAAUGUUUUUGGAAAUUUAAGUUGCACUUCAUUCCUGCAGGGGACCAUUGUUUUGUUGUUAUAUUUUGUUUGUACCUCAUAUCAUGGUCCAUAAACAACAUGAACCCUAAAACAUACAAUUUUCUCAUGUGAAACUUGAAUUUGAAAAUGUCUGAAUAAAAUAUGUUUGUAUUACUCUAUUACUAUUACUCUAAUUUGUGAGAAAUCUGCAAGGUGUGCCUUGGGCUUCCAUUGCCUGCAUCAGUUUGAAGGUUUUUCUUUAGACCAGUUUUCAAACUGUUCAUACUGUGUAAAAGAACAGUGUUCAAGUCAGUUAAACGGUAUAAAAAGGUACAAGUAAAAUAUAUUUUUUAGUGGUGUACUUCAUUUUAUUUUAGUUAAUGUAUGACCUGUGAACAAGUGGGCAUUUUUUUAAAUAAACUCAUUUAAGUGUAA